ACCCUGUCUCGAAAAAAAAAAAAAAAGAAAAGAAAAAAGAAAAAAAAAAAAGAGAGGUCUGUGAACUCCUACUUUAUGGACGUGAAAUGCCCAGGAUGCUAUAAGAUCACCACGGUCUUUAGCCAUGCACAAAUGGUAGCCUUGUGUGUUGGCUGCUCCACUGUCCUUUGUCAGCCCACAGGCAGAAAAUCAAGGCUGACAGAAGGAUGCUCCUUCAGGAGGAAGCAGCACUGAAAAGCACCUGAUUCAAGAUGAGUGGGAACCAUCCCAAUAAACACAUUUUGG